AAAGAGAAUUUUGUGAAAAAUUGAUUUCUACAAUAACCUUAAGUUUUUUUUUUUAAAAGAAGAUGAUUUUUCGUGACGUUCAUAGCAAGCUCUAUCAAUGGAUUUUUUUUAUUUAUAUUUUGUUGGAAACUCUGUUAUGUUCUGGAAUAAUAUAUGGUUGGGCAAGUAUUGUUGUCAUAUUUAAAAAAAAGAAGUUUUAUGCAAAACUUUGUUCUUCGGUUCUUCAUCCAAACUCAACUUUAAUACCAAAUAGGAUGGAGCCAGACAGACAAAACUGUGAUCAACAAGACAUAAUGUUUAACUUAGUUUUCACUGUGUCAGCAGUUUGCAUAUGCACUCAAUUUCCAAUUGGUAUUUUGAUUGAUAAAUUUGGUGCAAAGAAAGCCCGAUUAGUGGCUGGGUGCUUAUACGCAAUGUCUUGUCUUGGACUUGGAUUUAUAAAAGCCGGUUAUGAAGAUUAUUUGUUCCCAAUAUUUAUUGGAAUUGUUUCUGGAGGUGCAACACAAAGUAUUUCUGUAUACCAUUUGAGCAACUACAUUUUUCCAACAAAGAUAAGAUCACUUGUUAUAUGCAUUUUAGCUGGAGCAUUUAAUUCAUCAUCUAUAGUUUUGCUAUUGUUUAAGGUUGCCUAUGAAGCAGGAUGUACGUUAAAAAGCAUAGCCAUUUCCUACACUGUUAUCUGUUUUAUAGUAACUUUUUUAGGGUCACUUAUGCUUGUUCCUGACAAAGAAAAGGUUGCAAUGAUUGACAAUCAAAUCAAAAAUGUAAGUGGAAACCAAGGCUCCAUUUUCAAAUCAAUAUUUUCUCUGAUGUAUUGUUUACAACUGUUGGUUUUGACAAUUAUACAACUAAAACUUUGGUAUUAUGUUGGUUCAAUGCAUGACAAUAUUUCAACAUUAACUUUAAACAACCAAACACAAGUGAGUAAAUAUACUGACUUGCUGGGUUAUGUUCAACUUGGCGGAGUAUUUGUAUCCCUAGUAGUUGGUCUUUUAUUUCAACAAAGUGAAAAAACCAUCAAUGAAGAGCUUCCAUGCCUUCAAUAUUCAAAAAAAACACAUACCUGAAAUUCGAUCCAACAUUAGACCAGUUGUUGCUACAAUAAUGCUGACACUUGUUCUCUGCGUACUUUCAUUGUUUGGUGACUUGAGGUUGGAGAUACCCUGCUAUAUGCUGUUCACUGUAGUUCGAGGAUUUUUAUAUGCAAAAAAUGCAGCUUUUAUUGGGAUUGUAUUUCCACCAUCUCAAUAAGGAACAUUGUUCGGAUUAAACAUUUUUAUUUCUGCCACUUUUGGAUUUUUCCAGUAUGCAUUAUUUUAUCUAACAAAACAUACAUUUAAUGGAAAUUCCUUUUGGAUAAACACAAUUCUUCUAAUAUUGGUCACUUUUUGUUUAGUUCAUCCAUUAUAUUUAUUUUGGUACUGCAAACAAACUAAAGUUUUAUUAGACAAAAAAGAUGACGAUAAAAAGCUUUUAAUAGAAAAUACUCCAGACUCAUACAAUGAGACUUGUAGCUAACAUGGUAAAAUACUUACAGAUUUUUAGAAUAAAAAGUAUAUCGGUUUUGUAAAGUAGAAAUAUAUAAAUACAAAUCUUUUGUGGUUAUACUUAAAAAACA